CUCACCCAUCCUCUUCUGUCAUCGCACUCUCAUAUCCAUCACACACCAUACAAGCAAGUGAGAGUUUUAAAGACAGAACACGAAAGAGCCGACAAAAAAAUGCCUUCUCUCGAGAACUCUGUAACUGUAAUCUCAACAAACAAAGUCUUCCCUGACAAAAAGUCAACGCUCGCUGAACUCAAACUCUCCGUCUCCGAUCUCCCCAUGCUCUCUUGCCACUACAUCCAGAAAGGUUGUCUCUUUACUCGUCCCCACCUUACUCCACAGGAGCUUCUCUCUCACCUCGAACACUCUCUCUCUCUAACCCUCUCUCACUUCCCUCCACUCGCCGGCCGUCUCUCCACCUCCGAAGACGGCCACGUCUUCCUCUCCUGCAAUGACGCCGGCGCGGACAUAGUUUUCGCCGAGGCGAAAUCCGUCCGCGUCAGCGACGUUAUAACCGGAGUUGAUGUUCCCGGCGUGGUGAAGGAGUUUUUCUCCUACGACAGGGCGGUGAGUUACGAGGGACAUAACAGACCAAUCCUCGCCGUUCAAGUGACGGAACUAAACGACGGCGUUUUCAUCGGAUGCUCCGUUAACCACGCCGUGGUCGACGGAACGUCGUUGUGGAAUUUCGUUAACACGUUCGCGGAGGUGUCUAGAGGAGCUGAGAAUGCGACACGUCAGCCAGAUUUUACGCGGGAGAAUGUGCUAAUCUCACCGGCCGUGCUCAAAGUGCCUCGAGGUGGGCCCAAGGUGACGUUCGACGAGAACGCUCCGUUACGGGAACGGAUUUUCAGUUUCGCCAGGGAACAGAUCCUCGAGCUGAAAGCGAUGGUGAACGGCGAGAGAAACGGCGUUGAAGUGUUGGGGAAGCUGAGCAACGAUAAACUUAACGGUAAACUAACGGAAAUGAUGGAGAGUUUGUUAGAUAGAAACGACGCCGUUUCGAAAACAGAGAGCAAGUUGGAGAUCUCGUCGUUUCAGUCUCUAUGCGCUUUGCUCUGGCGCGCGAUCACUCGAGCGAGGAACCUUCCGAGCACUAAAACGACGACGUUUCGCAUGGCCGUCAACGUCCGCCACCGUCUGAGCCCGAAACUGAAUCCGGAGUACUUCGGAAACGCGAUCCAGAGCGUUCCGACGUUCGCCACGGCGGGGGAAGUCUUAUCUCGGGAUAUCCGGUGGACCGCCGAUCAGCUCAACCAGAGCGUGGCGGCUCACGGAGACGAGAGAAUCCGAGAAGUCGUGGCGGAAUGGGAGGAGAAUCCGAGGUGCUUUCCUUUAGGGAAUGCCGACGGAGCUUCGGUGACGAUGGGGAGCUCGCCGAGGUUUCCGAUGUACGAGAAUGAUUUCGGGUGGGGGAAGCCGGUGGCGGUUAGAAGCGGACGGGCGAAUAAGUUCGACGGGAAGAUCUCGGCGUUUCCGGGGAGAGAUGGGAACGGGAGCGUUGACUUGGAGGUGAUCUUGGCGCCGGAGACGAUGGCUGGGAUAGAAUGCGACGGCGAGUUUAUGCGGUAUGUGUCAAAAGUUUGAUGAAGUAACGUAACGGUUUACUUUCAUUCUCAAUAACUUAACGAUGUAAUAUUUAAACGCAACUGUAAUUUGACUCAAUAAAAAUGUUAUACAUAUGUUUACAUUA